AUGGUGCCGCCGCCAGAAGCGGCGGUGAAGGAGGCGGCAGGGAAGCAAGAGGAGGAGGGGGAGUGGGUUUCGGUGUUGAUUUCGUGGGUGAGAAUAGUGGUGUGCUUUGUGUUGAUGAUGUUGACUACAUUGAUAUGGGCGGUGAUUAUGGUGCUGCUGCUGCCUUGGCCGUACCAGAGGAUUAGGCAGGGCAAUAUCUACGGCCAUGUCACCGGAAAAAUAAUGAUGUCGAUUUUGGGGAAUCCGAUAAAGAUAGAAGGAGCGGAAUACUCGAACGAAAGGGCAAUUUACAUAAGUAAUCAUGCGUCUCCGAUCGACAUCUUCCUCAUAAUGUGGUUGACUCCCACAGGAACCGUCGGCAUUGCAAAGAAAGAGAUAAUAUAUUAUCCACUCUUCGGACAAUUGUAUGUUCUGGCAAACCAUCUUCGCAUAGACAGGUCGAAUCCAACAGCUGCCAUCCGAUCCAUGAAAGAGGCUGCUAAUGCAGUUGUGAAGAACAAUCUGUCUCUGAUCGUUUUUCCGGAAGGCACACGGUCCAAAAACGGGCGGUUACUACCUUUCAAGAAGGGUUUCGUGCACCUGGCGAUGCAAACAGGGAUGCCGAUAAUCCCGAUGGUGCUGACGGGCACACAUAGAGCUUGGAGAAAGGGUAGCUUGCAUGUGAGGCCGGUGCCUCUAACCGUAACGUAUCUACCUCCGAUUAGGACAGAUGAUUGGACACGUGACAAAAUCGAAGACUAUGUAGAACUUGUUCGUGAUCUUUAUGUCGACAAUUUGCCCCUGUCUCAAAGGCCUACUUCCGACCAAGUUACUUUGUAG